GUGACAUUGCCGCAGUCGUGUUCUCAUGCUGACGUAUUGCAUCCUUACCAGGGGAUCCUCGACCUACAUCUUCCUGAGCAGCGAAUAUUCUCCUGCGUUGAUUCCUAUGAGCACUUACCGCGAUAAUUCAGGAUGGCAUCCGACACAAAGCGCAACCUCAUCGUUGUAUCGAACCGUCUUCCGCUGUCGGUGAAGAAAGUCGAUGGAGGAUACGAAUCCUCUCUUUCCAGUGGGGGGCUGGUGACCUCGUUAUCCGGGCUGACCAAGACCACCACGUUCAGCUGGUUCGGAUGGCCAGGCAUUGAGGUCGAUGAAACUGAGCAGGACGAGGUGCGCAAGAGUUUGGAUGAGCAUAAUGCAGUGCCGAUUUUCCUGGACAGUGAAUUGGCAAACAAUCACUACAACAACUUCUCCAACUCCAUCCUCUGGCCGGUUCUCCACUACCAAUCCGGCAUCUCCUUCGAAGACGAUCCGUGGGAAGCGUACCAGCGGGUGAAUGAGAUCUUUGCCGACACGAUUGCCGAGGCAGCGACACCGGGGACGCUGAUCUGGGUGCAUGAUUACCAUCUUAUGCUCUUGCCGGGGCUAUUGAGGAAACGCCUGGCGGGAAAGAACUGUGCCAUUGGGUUUUCGCUGCACACGCCGUUCCCGGCUGGAGACUUUUGGAGAAAUUUGCCGGUGCAGACGGAUUUGCUGCGGGGCAUUCUCAAUAGUGAUGUCAUUGGGUUUCAUACGGAUGAGUACAAGCGGAACUUUGUACUGUGUGCGGAGGAGCUGGGAGUGAAAGUGGAAGAAGGGAGGAUGGAAUACGAGGGGCGAGAGGUGAUUGCGGAAAAAUUCAUCGUUGGGAUCGACCCGCAAAAGUUUACAGAUACGCUGCAGAAUGAGGAGGUGCAGAACCGCAUUCGCGAGUUGCAGCGGCGGUACCUGGGGAUGAAGAUUAUUAUCGGGGUCGACCGGCUGGAUCAUAUCAAAGGGCUGUCGCAGAAACUGAAGGGAUAUGAUGCUUUCUUGGACCAGCAUCCUGAGUUGAGCAACAAGGUGGUGUUGAUCCAGGUGGCGGUGCCGAGUCGAGAAGAUGUCAAGGAGUAUCAGGAUUUGGAGACGGAGCUGAGCACCAUAGCAGGGAGGAUCAAUGGCAAGCACUCUACUGCCGAUGGCUGUCCGCUGAUCUACAUGCACCGAUCCGUCAACUUUAGCGAGCUGACGGCACUGUACUCGAUUGCGGAUGCGUGCCUGUUGACCUCGACACGGGAUGGCAUGAACCUUGUUUCGUUUGAGUAUGUGGCGUGCCAGGCGCAGCGGCAUGGAGUGCUGGUGCUGUCCGAGUUUGCGGGAGCCGCGUCUUUUAUGAAGGAGGGAUGUCUCACAUUCCACCCAGCGCAUCUGUCGGAGAUGGUGGAUGCACUGUAUGAAGCGGUGUCGAUGAGUGAGGAGGAUCGGGCGAAGCGGUAUCAAACACUGCGACAGUUUAUCGAAACGAAUACGAGUGCCAAAUGGGGCGAGGCCUUUAUCGAAGCGCUGACCAAGCAUUUGGAUGGUUGACAGGGCUGAUAACAGGCAGCCAACUGUAGCAAUGAACGGAUCCGAUUAUCGGGUGAUUCAUAGACAGGGAAAAUGACACGGGAUGUGUUUCAUGAUGGAUGCAAUGACUUAGUCCUGUAAACGAGGCGUGAUACGGCUUUCGUCUGUGAUUGAUUAUUCGAUCAGAACCAGAACCAGAACCAGAACCAUGCUCGUAUUCGGGCUUCCAGAAGAACUUUGCGCGUGAUGUACCUGAAAAUGAACCUCGGCAGCUGAGCCCUGACCCAAAAAUCAGCCCGACAAGCUUUGAUCGUCUGACCCUUAAUACUGUUGCCUACCCUACCU